AACACAGACUGGCACAUACAGACUGCGUUGUGCAGCACUAUAACAAUUGGUGAUUUAGCGUUUUUUUCGGCAUAAAAGAAAAUCUGUGAACUAUAUUGAAAGGUGUAACUGUUGGAACAUAAAUCAUUGUCGGAAAAGUCAACAGAGAAAAAAAGCAACAAAAAUGAGUCUCACGUCCGCCGCAGGGAUAAUAUCCCUACUUGAUGAGCCGAUGCCUGAUCUUAAGGUGUUUGCCCUGAAGAAGCUGGACAACAUUGUGGAUGAGUUCUGGCCGGAGAUCUCAGAGUCCAUUGAGAAAAUCGAAAUGCUGCAUGAAGAUCGCGCAUUUCCCGAGAACAAAUUAGCUGGCAUGGUGGCCUCCAAAGUUUUCUAUCAUCUGGGCUCCUUUGAGGAUGCGCUCACAUAUGCUCUGGGUGCUGGUGAUCUAUUUGAUGUGAAUGCCCGCAAUGAAUACACCGAAACCAUCAUUGCCAAGUGCAUUGAUUUCUAUAUUGCGCAGCGCGUCGAAUUUAUUGAAAAUCCCAAAGAGGCGAAACCCGUUGACGAACGUCUCGAGGGCAUUGUGAAUCGCAUGAUUCAACGCUGUCUCGAUGACAAUCAGUUCCGCCAGGCACUGGGCAUUGCGCUAGAGACGCGUCGCAUGGACAUCUUCGAAGUGUCCAUUAUGAAGUCGGACGAUGUGCGGGGCAUGCUGGCCUAUGCCUAUAAUGUGACAAUGUCGCUACUACAAAAUCGUGGAUUCCGCAAUCAGGUGCUGCGCUGCCUGGUCGGACUCUAUCGGGAUCUGGGAGUGCCCGACUAUGUGAACAUGUGUCAAUGCUUGAUCUUCCUCGAGGAUCCGCUUGCCGUUGCAGAAAUGCUGGACAAACUUACCCGAUCUUCGGUGGAAGCCAAUAAUUUGAUGGCUUAUCAAAUCGCAUUCGAUUUGUAUGAAUCUGCCACGCAAGAGUUUCUUGGCAAUGUGUUGCAGGCUCUUAAGGAUACAGCACCGAUUCCAACCGCCUUGCCCAGCACUUUCAAGCCUCAGGGCACCGCCGCUGGAGGCAGUGAAGCAGCGGCCAAAUCUGACGACGAAAAGUCAAAGUUGCUCAGCGACGAGAGCAUUGAGGAUAAAGAAGCCGAUGCCAAGAUCGAGCGCACUAUUGAUUCGUUGAAUGACAUGGAAAAGCUGCAUCAGAAGAACAUUGAGAAGCUGAUUUCCAUACUCUCCGGUGAGGUGUCAAUCGAUCUGCAGCUGCAGUUCCUCAUACGCAGCAAUCACGCCGAUCUGCAGAUUCUGCGAGGCACGAAGGAGGCAGUGCGUGUCUCUAUCUGCCACACAGCCACCGUUAUUGCCAAUGCGUUCAUGCACAGCGGCACCACCUCCGAUCAGUUCCUGCGCGACAAUCUUGAUUGGCUGGCCCGUGCUACAAAUUGGGCCAAGCUAACAGCCACCGCAUCCUUAGGUGUCAUUCAUCGCGGACAUGAGAAGGACUCGUUGGCUCUGAUGCAGAGCUAUUUGCCCAAGGAGGCUGGUCCCAGCUCGGGCUACUCCGAAGGCGGUGCACUCUAUGCUUUGGGUCUGAUACAUGCCAAUCAUGGCGCCAAUAUCAUUGACUAUUUGCUGCAACAGCUGAAGGAUGCACAGAACGAGAAUGUUCGUCACGGCGGCUGCCUGGGAUUGGGUCUGGCUGGCAUGGGCACGCAUCGUCAGGACCUUUAUGAGCAGCUUAAGUUCAAUUUGUAUCAAGAUGACGCUGUCACCGGUGAGGCUGCUGGCAUUGCCAUGGGCAUGGUUAUGUUGGGCUCGAAAAAUGCACAAGCCAUCGAAGAUAUGGUUUCGUAUGCGCAAGAAACGCAGCAUGAGAAGAUUUUGCGUGGCCUGGCCGUGGGCAUUUCAUUGACCAUGUUCUCGCGCCUGGAAGAGGCCGAUCCUCUGGUAACCAGUCUUUCCACGGACAAGGAUCCAGUGCUGCGCCGCUCCGGCAUGUACACCCUGGCCAUGGCCUACAAUGGAACUGGCAGCAAUAAAGCUAUACGCAAAUUGUUGCAUGUUGCCGUCUCCGAUGUAAAUGAUGAUGUGCGUCGCGCUGCCGUUACUGCCAUUGGUUUCAUUCUAUUCCGCACACCGGAGCAAUGUCCAUCGGUGGUCAGUCUGCUGGCCGAAUCCUAUAAUCCUCAUGUACGGUACGGUGCUGCAAUGGCGUUGGGCAUUGCUUGCGCCGGCACUGGACUGCGUGAGGCUAUUGCUUUGUUGGAGCCAAUGGUCAAGUUUGAUCCGGUGAAUUUUGUGCGUCAGGGUGCGCUCAUUGCAUCCGCAAUGAUACUCAUCCAGCACACAGAUCAAAGCUGCCCCAAGAGCACCUUCUUCCGUCAGCUGUACGCUGAGGUCAUUAGCAACAAGCACGAAGAUGUGAUGGCCAAAUACGGUGCCAUUCUGGCUCAAGGUAUCAUUGAUGCUGGUGGUCGCAAUGCAACACUCUCGCUUCAGUCGCGCACUGGACACACCAAUCUGCAAGCUGUCGUCGGCAUGCUCGCCUUCACCCAAUACUGGUAUUGGUUCCCCCUGGCGCACACGCUCUCUCUGGCCUUUACGCCCACUUGCGUGAUUGGUCUGAACUCGGAUCUGAAGAUGCCCAAGAUGGAAUAUCGUUCGGCAGCGAAGCCAUCAUUAUAUGCCUACCCCGCACCGCUGGAGGAAAAGAAGAGCGAAGAACGCGAAAAGGUUGCCACAGCCGUUUUAUCGAUAGCAGCUAGACAAAAGAGACGCGAAAAUGCAGACAGUAAGAAGGAAGAUGAAAAGAUGGAUGUCGAUGAGGACAGCAAAGAAGGAGCAGCUGCUGCUGCCAGCAAAAAGGAUGAUGAGAAAUCUGAAACUGCUGUCAAGUCUGAUGAGAAGCCCGCUGCCGAUGAGGCCAAGCCCAAGAAAAAGGAGGAGAAAGAAAAGGAGAAGAAGAAGGAUGAUGACAAGGACAAAGAAGCCAGCACCAGCGCAAGUGCAGAAAAAGAAAAGGAGAAAGAGAAAGAAAAAGAGAAGAAGGAUAAAAAGGAGCCGGAACCAAAUUUCGAGCUUCUACAGAAUCCAGCACGUGUACUUCGCCAGCAGCUAAAGGUGCUCAGUGUCAUCGAUGGGCAGUCGUACGAGCCCAUGAAGGAUGUGACCAUUGGUGGCAUCAUUGUAUUCCAGCAUACUGGCACAGCCGAGGAACAGGAACUGGUUGAACCGGUGGCGGCAUUUGGACCCAUGAAUGAUGAUGAGAAGGAGCCCGAGCCACCAGAGCCAUUCGAAUACAUUGAGGAUUAAAUGGGCUUGUUGUUUGUCAUCAUCUGAGUGGAACUUGUGUUCCCCGAUUGUCAUCAAAUAUAUCUAUCCAUAUAUACAAUGUAUUUUUCACCUAAAUUACUAAACAGAAAUUACAAACAAAAAAACAAAACACGAGAGUUAAUGCUAAUUCAUAAUUAUACAUAAUAAAAAAUAUUCAUCACUCCUGAUGUAAAAUUCAA